AUGCGAUUGAUAAACGCCAGAACCCUCGGAUUGGAGGAAUUUGUGGGCCAGAAUAUUCCUAGAUACGCUAUCCUGUCUCAUACUUGGGGACAAGAUGAAGUCACCUUCCAGGACAUGCAGACGCCAACUGCCACCAAGAAAUUGGGGUACGCCAAAAUCAAGCAUUCCUGUGAACGGGCUCUGCAAAAUAGUCUAGGCUAUGUAUGGGUGGAUACCUGCUGCAUCGAUAAAACGAGCAGUGCUGAACUUUCUGAAGCCAUCAACUCUAUGAUGGCAUGGUACGCGGAGUCCGAAAUCUGCUAUGCAUAUCUAGCAGAUGUACCCCCAAAAAUUGAUGGAAAGCUUGAUGAAGCCGCCUUUUCGCGGAGUCGAUGGUUCACUCGAGGAUGGACUCUUCAAGAGCUCAUCGCACCAGCAGAACUCAUAUUUCUGGCUCAGGAUUGGUCAGAUCUAUCCGCGAGGGAGACUUUGGCUGAUAUUAUAAGUGACAUUACUGGCAUUAGUACCUCCUUUCUACUAGUGAGGCUGCACAAUGAAGAUCUCAAAUUCGAUCUUAUGUCAACAAGCAUCGCGGAACGAAUGAGCUGGGCAUCGAACCGUGAAACAAGUCGAAUAGAGGACAUGGCAUAUUCUUUGCUGGGUAUUUUCCAAGUCAACAUGCCCCUCUUGUAUGGAGAGGGAUCUGCUGCUUUUCGAAGACUACAAGAAGAGAUCAUAAAAUAUUCCGACGAUCAAUCAUUGUUUGCGUGGAGCUUCAGAGCACCAGAACAUGAUUUGAGUCAUAAACGACCAUUGUCUAUAUCUCAGUCAUUGCUCUGGGAAAUGGUUUUUAUCUUCAAAGACUACGCAAUUCCCCCAGAAACCUCUGGAGCAAUGCAAAUUGAUUUCUCAGAUAUCGAUGGGAUGCUCGCGGAGUCCCCAGCAGCAUUUCGGGAUUGUGGCAACAUAGUUCCAUGCGACGUCAAGAAGCCGACCCCUCCCUUUUCGAUGACCAACAAGGGCCUAAGCAUAGAACUGCCACUCUUUCGACUCACAGACGGCUGUUUCGUUCUGCUUCAGUGCCAAUCCAAGACGGACCCGACUAGGCUAAUCGCCGUGCCGUUACUGAAGAUAUACGAUACCUACAGCCGAUCAAAACGAGGGAACUACGUGGCCGAUCAUGCAGCCUGGUUUAGAUGGCCCCGUAAACAGCUUUACUUUUUCCCUGAUACUGAUGCAACAUAUGCAGGCAUCAUGAAUAUGAAUCGGCCAUGUUAUUCCGUCGUUAUAAGACGUCUUCCGCCUAAUCUUGGGAUAGUGGACGUACUCCCAUCGAAUUCUGGCCGGCGGUCUGAUUCAAGAGUCGUCUUCACAAAAGCCACUGGAGACCUUGGCUUCAAUACCAAAGUCGUUUUUGUUUCGCUCCAGGACAUGGAUGACAGCAGUCUCUCGUUCAUAUUGGCUAUUAAAAUGGGAAAGCCCUUCUGGAGCUACGGUCCCAAUUGGGAUGCUACCAUCACACCUUAA